AUGUCGACUACUCACAAGGAGAUAGGGUCAUUGGGGAGUCAAGAUAGUGGGUGUACCUCUCUGUACCUGGGAAGUAAGCACGAUCCAUCUAUCCACGACGUGUCUUCCGGACUCGAAAGUAUACCCGGUGAACCAUCAUUACUCUUGUACAAGAUCCGCGCAUACGGACGGGAUGCCUUCUCCGAGUUCUUCGGCACAAUGAUCCUGAUACUCUUCGGCGACGGGGUCGUCGCCCAGGUUCUCCUCAGCCAUGGACAGAAGGGUGACUACCAGUCCAUCUCCUGGGGUUGGGGACUGGGCGUCAUGCUAGGCGUAUACGUCAGCGGCUCCUCGGGAGCCCACAUCAAUCCCGCCGUAACAUUCGCGAACUGCAUCUACCGCAGCUUCCCCUGGCGCAAAUUCCCCAUCUACAUGCUCGCCCAACUUCUCGGUGCAAUAUGCGGCGCGGCAAUCAUCUACGGAAACUACAAAGCCGCCAUCAACGUCUACGAGGGUGGUCCGCACAGUCGCACCGUGCCGGGUUACUCGACAACCGCGACGGCGGGCAUCUUUUGCACAUACCCGGCUGAAUUUAUGACCAAGACUGGCCAGUUUUUCUCGGAGUUCUUGGCUAGUGCGGUGCUUAUGUUUAUGAUCUUUGCGUUGAAGGAUGAUGGUAAUUUGGGCGCGGGGAAGUUAACGCCGCUCGCGCUGUUUUUUGUGAUUUUUGGUAUUGGCGCUUGUUUUGGGUGGGAGACUGGGUAUGCGAUCAAUCUGGCAAGGGACUUUGGACCGCGACUCGCGUCUUAUAUGUUGGGGUAUGGGCAUGAGGUGUGGUCUGCGGGCAAUUAUUACUUUUGGGUUCCCAUGGUUGCUCCCUUCUUGGGCUGUACUUUCGGCGGGUGGAUCUAUGAUGUCUUCUUGUAUACUGGACUAGACAGUCCAGUCAACACGCCUUGGUUGGGUAUUAAGCGGCUGUUGCGACCCAGGCGCGGUCAACAAGUUGCCCUGCCUAGUCCUGUCUGA